CCCCCGGGGGCAGGUUCUCACGAUGAUGAUUUCAUACCCAAAGCUAAUCAGACAAAGGACGAGAUCACUUCUGACGAUGAAGAUGAGCUCUUCGCUGAGUUGGAGAGAGAUGACUAUGGUGCACUUCGAGAGAAGCGGCUUGACGCUCUCAAAGCUGAGAUUGACAGAGCUAAAAUAUUACGCGAGAGCGAUCAUGGAAAACUCACGGAGAUCACAGAUGAGAAAGAAGUGGUGCAAGUUAGUGCAAAGGAGGAUCGUUGCAUAGUUCACUUCUAUCACAGAAAUUUCCGUCGGUGUGAAAUCAUGGACAAGCAUCUGGAGGUCCAUCUUAGCGCCAAGCAUUUUGGUACACGCUUUAUCCGAGUCUUUGUGGAAAAUGUCCCUUGGCUCGUUGAGAGGUUGGAGAUUAAAGUCUUGCCCUGCGUGAUAUGCUUCAUCCGUGGCAUCACAAAGGACAGGUUGAUAGGCUUUGACGAGCUGGGGAAUGAUGAUUCAUUCACUACUUCUGUCCUUGAACUACGUCUCGUGCAGUCAGGUACGCAAACAUUUUGUGUAUGA